ACAAAACUAUUUUCAUGAUUAAGCAGCAGAUAUUACAUGAGGAAGUACAAAAGAUAACACAACGAGGAAGCUUCUCCUCCCAAACAUAAUCCUCCUGUAAUGAGCAGAAUGCGUUUAUAAUGGAAGGAAUAAGCAAUGGUCUUUUUCUCCUCACUAUAUGUUUCACAGCAAGUGUUUUCCCACGUCAGUGCAGUAGCUUUAAUCUGGAUCUGACUAAUUACACAGAGUUUUCUGGGCCAAACGGGAGUUACUUUGGGUUUUCUGUGGAUUUUUUUCGGACAAGGAGCCAAGAAGUAAGCAUUAUAGUGGGUGCACCAAGAGACAAUGUCGGGCCUUCCCGUGGUGGUUCUGUCUUCUUCUGUCCCUGGAAUUCAACUGAACAAGCAUGUCAAAAAUUGAACUUCGACGAAACAGGAGAUGUAAACUUCACAUUUAUACAAAGACUCCUUGUGUCCCAUAAAUCAAACCAAUGGUUGGGAGCGACAGUGCGUACCUACGACAGCUUUGUCCUGGCCUGUGCUCCAUUAUUCCACUGGAAUGUGUUUGAGUACAAAGAUGAGGCCAUGAACACGCCAGUGGGAAACUGUCAGCUUCUAAAUGUGCUAACUGGAGAGUUAGCAAACUAUGCCCCCUGUAGGGGAAAUGAGGUGGAGAAUACUUAUGCGCAAAGAAAACAUUACCGAGACAGACGCUACUGUGAAGCAGGAUUUAGCUCAGACAUCUCUGAGGAUGGUAGAGUGGUCCUUGGCGCUCCUGGAGGCUUCUUCUUCCAAGGUCAGAUCAUUACUGCAUCCCUCCAAAACAUCAUGUACAGUGGCAGGACCUUUACUCCAGUUCACAGUGUGCCACAAGAGAAAACAUCACUUGAGACAUCAGACAAUUAUGACAUUUAUCUGGGCUUCUCUGUGGCAAUAGGUCAUUUCAAUGCUGACAACAUCUCAGACUAUGUCGCCAGCCUCCCACUUGACCUAAACUCAGCUGGUUCUGUCAAAAUCUUUGAUGGAGCUUCUCAAAUGUACCCCAGAAUCAUGACAUCUUUAAAGGGCUCUCAAGUAGCUUCCUAUUUUGGCCAUUGUAUUGCUGUGACUGACAUAAAUGGUGAUAGGAGGGAUGAUAUCCUAGUUGGCGCGCCUCUCUUCAUGGAGCACUUGUCCACACAUAAGCUGCGCGAGGUGGGCCAGGUGUACGUUUACCUGCAGAAGGAAGGUUACCGCUUCUCCCCAAAGCCUGAGCAGACCUUAUCAGGCACUCACCCUUACGGACGCUUUGGCAUCACUAUCGCUCCUUUGGGAGAUAUCAACCAUGAUGGCUACAAUGAUGUGGCCGUGGGGGCACCAGGCACUGGUGAAGGGGGUAUGGUGUUCAUCUAUAUGGGACAGAGUGAUGGUUUGAAACCACAGUAUGUGCAAGUCAUCAAGAGCCCUUUCCAGUCUCUUGCAUCAGCAUUCGGUUUUAGCAUAAGAGGAGGAACAGACAUCGACAACAAUGGAUAUCCAGAUGUUAUUGUUGGUGCAUGGGGAGCAGAUAAAGUGGCUGUAUACAGGUCAAAAGCUGUAGUGAUGACCAAAGCCCAGCUUUCCUUUCUACCUGAUUUCCUACAGCCUGAUGAAAAAUUAUGUCAGCUGCAUGGCAAUCCCAUCUCCUGCUUUACUAUCAGGCUGUGCAUUAGUGUGUCUGGGUACAAAAUACCAGAGGAGAUUGUGUUGAACGCGGAGCUCCAGCUGGAUAAACUGAAGCCAAAUGUGGCGAGACGGACCUUCCUGCUGGAGUCUCAACAGCCAUACAGCCGUUUUCAGCUCACCGUUAGGAGAGAUAAAGGAACAUUUUGUAAGAACCUCACCGCAUACUUACUGUCAGAGUUCAAGGACAAGCUGAGCCCUAUCUUCAUCUCACUGAUCUAUAGCCUAGCCAACACCCAUGAAGCAAUGUUACAUGGACAAAAUGUUGCAGUUGGCCAGACACAGAUUGUUCUUGACUGCGGUGAUGAUAACAUCUGCAUCCCUGAUUUGAAGCUUUCAGCCAAGGCGCGCACAGAUCCUCUCCUUAUUGGGGACGAGAACCCAGCUCUCCUGAUCAUCACUGCUGAGAAUCAUGGUGAAGGAGCGUAUGAGACAGAACUGUAUGUCCAUCUUCCACCUCAAACACACUACCAGGGUGUGCUAAGUGAUGAGGAGGGCUAUAGUCAUCUUCUUUGUGGUGCAAAGAAAGAUAAUGUCUCUGUCAUCGUGGUGUGUGAUCUGGGGAACCCAAUGAAAUCUAAACAGAAGAUCAUGGCUGGUCUGUACUUCAGUAUGGGAGGGCUGGAGGAGGUCGAGACCCAUGUGUCCUUCCAUUUACAAAUUAAAAGCAAGAACAGUCAUAACCCAGACAGCAACGCAGUGGAAGUGAAGAUCCAAGUUCAGGCUGUGGCUUUGCUUGAGAUGCGGGGAGUCUCCUCUCCUUCCGAGUUCGUCAUGCCAAUUGCCGAAUGGGAAUCAGAAGAUCCCCCCAAGAAUGUGGAGGAUGUGGGCCCCGUUGUAGAGCAUGUUUAUGAGUUAAGGAAUAAAGGGCCGAGUGCAGUCAAUGCCAAACUGGUGCUCCAUUUCCCAGUACAGCAGAAUGGCUCUUAUGUGCUCUAUGUGUUCAGCAACGCUUCAGAGGAACUCCUGACAUGCAACACAGACCGUUCCCAGAUCGAUCCAUAUAAGCUUGUGAAACCAGAGUUCAUUGAUACUACUGAGGCUCCUGUUCACCAUUUUAACAAACGGGAGGUGGAGGUGCAGGAGCUGGAGGUACAGCAGCAGCCUGUGCAUCAUCACAGAAGGACGGUGCAUGUGAAUUGCUCCAUUGAUCCGUGUGUGGUGUUCACCUGUGAGGCUCCAGCACUACAGAGAGAUGCCAGAGCCAUAGUGAGAGUGAUGGCACGUUUGUGGGUUGAUAGUUUCUUGCAGAGGCCUUAUGUGAACUACGUCCUCUUGUCCACUGCUCACUAUGAGGUAGUAAGCAUGCUGUCCAAGGUCCAACCAAAUGUCUUGCCUAGUGGUCAAGCAGAGACAAACACCAGUGUGGUUUGGAGGCAUCCUGAUGGCCAGGCGGACAUGCCACUGUCUUGGAUUGUGAUGGCCAUAAUUGCUGGCCUCCUGCUCCUGGCUUUGCUGAGCAUCAUCUUCUGGAAGGUGGGAUUUUUCAAGCGCAACCGUCCACCAACUGAUGAUGACCGUGAUGAGACCACUCAUGAGCUGAAAGAAGAGCAAUCAGAGUACGAAGAUGUCUCACCAAAAGACCAGUCCUGAAAAUUAUUACAACAAAUACAAAGUAUAUACCAAAUUGUACAUUUAAAAUGUGUGUCCUGCUAUUCAAACGUGUGUGAACACCUUCAUUUUCUUAUGUUUUAUUUUAAAAAAAAAAAGGUUUACCACGGUGUUGUUGAAUUCUCAAUUCUGAUUGGUCAAAAUGCGUUAAUUCAAUUUCUAUAUAAGUAACUCUGACAGUAAACCUGGCUUCAAGGCAAAUUACAGUUUUAUAUCAGUGCACUCAUUCUAAAAUGUUUUUAUAUUAAUAACUUACACGUGUGCAUGUACUGUAUGGUGGACACUUUACAUAAACAGACAUAAACAGAAAAAUAUGUGUAACUGUUAUGUAAUUGUUGCUAUAUUGAUAUUGUCUGUGAGUGUCAUGAAAUAUCUGAGAAAGACUAGAAACUAAGUUCCCCAUCAGCCACUAUACUUUGUCACAUAUCCUAAUUCACCUGUUUCACAUUUAACUCAUUAGCACUGUGCCUAUAUAUAACCACGUUCAGCACUGCAUAGUUGUCUUUCGGUGUUUGUGCUGUCUUCAUGUAUUAUGUUAUGCUUGUGGUUGGUUUCAUGUAGCCUACAUCUUGUUUGAUACUUCAUUAAAUGUUUCACUGAGCUUCUGUAUUUGCAUCCGCCUCUAAUUCUGAAUUGUGACAGAACACAAGACAGAGUAAAUGGAUGCAGCAGAUUAUUUUGAAAGGGAAAACCCGCAGUGGGAGAAGGAAGGGAGACGCUCCAUGAUCAAGGCUAAUCAGGAAUGGCUCGACGUGAUGUACUCCUUCAGGAUGUAUAUCCAGAAGGAUCCUUCCAGCCAGGCGGAAAACAUUUCCCACCCUCCCUGCCCCAUUAAGCAUUAAGGAUGUCGAUCUGCCUCCACCCCACAGUGUGGAUCUCGUUCAAGGGGGAGGUUCUGUCAUGUAAUCCUAGAAGGACUAGAAACUACGUUUCCCAUCAGCCACAGCACUCUCUCACACAUUCUGUCUCUCUCAGAUUUUUUCUCUCAGAUUCUCUCUCUCUCUCGCUCAGAUUUUUUUCUCUCUCACACAUUCUCUCUCAGAUUUUUUCUCUCUCGCUCAGAUUUUCUCUCUCACAUUCUCUCUCUCUCUCUCACUCAGAUUUUCUUUCUCUCACAUUCUCUCUCUCUCACACACACAUUCUCUCUCUAAGAUUUUCUCUCUCACAUUCACUCUCAGAUUUUCUCUCUCUCUCAGAUUUUUUUCUCUCUCACACAUUUUCUCUCUCUCAGAUUUUUUCUCUCAGAUUCUCUCUCUCUCAGAUUUAUUCUCUCUCAGAUUUUUUUUCUCUCUCUCAGAUUUUCUCUCUCAGAUUCUCUCUCUCUCUCACUCAGAUUUUCUCUCUCACACACAUUCUCUCUCUCAGAUUUUCUCUCUCACAUUCUCUCAGAUUUUCUCUCUCUCAGAUUUUCUCUCUCAGAUUUUCUCUCUCUCUCUCUCUCUCUCUCUCUCUCUCUCUCUCAGAAUUUCUCUCACAUUCUCUCUCUCUCUCUCAGAUUUUCUCUCUCACAUAUUAUCUCUCUCUCACAUUCUCUCUCUCUCACACAUUCUCUCUCUCACACACAGAGCACUGUAAGGUUGUCUUGCGUUGUUUGUUCUGUCCUCAUGUAUCACGUUAUGCUCGUGCUUGUUUUCAUGUAAGUCUUGUGUGGAGAUUUGUUUGAUACUUUUAUUAAAUGUUUCACUGAU